GGAGUGCGGAUGAAAAAUACUUUCAAACCAGCUGCAGGUGUUCAUCGGUCUUUGCAAGUAGCCCAAUUUGUCUGCGUUUAUAACUAUAUUUCUAGCGAACUUCAGUUAAUGUACGUUCUUCGCGUGUCGAAUAUCCUAGAUUGACAUUGGACAGUAUGCCGCUUAUUUGAUUAUUUUCAGACGCCCAAAUGACGCUAAAAUGAUGCGUAAAGUAGCCGAACCUUAAUGUUAAUAAGAUUAACAUGAGAGAAUCAUGAAUGCACCUGGAACUACGCAUUGGAAGAUAUUCUGCCAUGUUUUUACAUUUUUCGAGUAGAAGCGACCUUUGUCUGCGAAUCAUUUACUUUAUUUUGGAGAAAUGGGUUCAUUUGAAGGUGGUGCAGUGGUUCCUUGGACUCAGAAGAAUGCUUCGGUGUUCCCAUUCAGCAAUGUAUCAUCGCCUGCGCCUUUCGCAGAAUCCUCCGGUUCCUUCAACGAGUUCCUCAUUACUUCUUUACUCGGGACAAUCUUAACCGUGAUGUGCUUGGUUGGCGUGGCCGGAAAUAUUUACACGCUAAUCAUAAUGAUUAUUUCCGUAAACGUGACCGGCUCUUUGUGCAUUUACAUCGCUAAUUUAGCCCUGGCAGACUUGUUAUACCUGUCAACUAUACCAUUUGUAGUUUGUACUUAUUCUUUGAAAGACUGGUACUUUGGGGACAUAGGAUGUCGGAUUCUGUUCAGCCUGGACUUACUCACUAUGCACGCCAGCAUCUUCAUCCUCACUAUAAUGAGUACGGAGAGGUACCUUGCGGUGGUGAAACCUCUUAACAGCUUCAGCAGAUCCAGACACUACAGGCGGACAGUUACCUGCGCUGUUUGGCUCGCGUCUUUUUUGCUCGCGCUCCCAACUAUGAUCAUGAUUGAUCUGAAAAGAAACGUUGAAAACGGAGUAGUGAAACGCAUGUGCCACCCGACCUGGCAGAUCCAGGCAUAUAAGGUGUACCUGACUGUGUUGUUCAACACCUGCAUCUUGGCCCCAGGGGUUAUCAUUGGCUAUUUGUAUAUCAAGUUAGCCAGGACUUACUGGAUAUCACAAACCCAGGUUUUCACAACUAAUGAUGUGCAUCGGUGCCCCAAGCAGAAAGUAUUGUACAUGAUUUUCUGUAUCGUUCUUAUAUAUUGGACUUGCUUCUUACCUUUUUGGUUAUGGCAGUUACUGAGCAUAUACUACUUCGGACAGAAGGGGCUAUCGAACAGAACGACGAUGUACGUAAACCUCGUAGUGACUUGUCUCGCUUACAGCAACAGUUGUAUCAACCCGUUUCUCUAUACAUUGUUAACAAAAAAUUACAAGGAAUACUUGAAAGGACAUCAGAAGAACUGUAGAUUUAAGAGAAAAUUCAGGCGCUCAUCUCAAAGGUCCGUUUCGUCUGGAAGUCACCCGUUCACGGAUACGCUUACUGUCGCGCAUUUAAAGGGUGUUACUGGUGGCUGCAGUGUUUGAGUGUCAAAUCUGGGAAAUGUUCUGAAUAGGACAUCACACCAUUAAGUAAUCUUCACUAGGCUGCACAAUGUGUGUUAUUUGUCCAUUAAAGGAAUAGAUAUUUAAUUGGAACAAUCCUGAUUAAUAUCCAUGCUGUGAAGUGAAUGCCGCGAAUAUGUAUGAUAAAAUAUUCAAAGUAAGUUUUCUUUCGUGUAA